CUUGCAUCACCAUUUCUUGUAAAGUACGCUGCUAAAAAACCUGGAACUGUGUAUUUCACUGUUCUUUUCAUAGCGUUACAGUAUUACAGCACAACACGCUUGCCUUAAACCUUUAGUUUUUUAGAUUCUGAAGAGAAAGUAUAAAACUCCCUUACUUCAUUUCCUUUGUUGUUUUAAAAUAGCUAAAAGAGCAAAGGACUUCCUCUGAAAAUUGGUGCUCAGAACCUGCCAUGAACAGGAGUUGUAACAGAGAGAAUCCAGAUAUUUUGAUUGUGAUGAUUGCAGAGAAGCAGAUAAUGAAAGGUGGUGGGGAUGGCAAAGAGAGGGAAAUAAUGGGCCCUCUCAAAAGCCUGCAAGAGAAAUGAGUGACACUGCACCAAAGAUAAAUUUGCUUCCUUUUUCUCUCUCCAUGUCCUUCGUUUUUACUCGUGUGGCUCCUCUCUCUCCCAGCUUGAGUCUUAUGGGUACAUUUCAUGGCCCUCAGAAGCUUUUUUUGGCUUUUUGGUAUCCUCUUCCUUGUUUUUUAGUGGGUUUUCUGAAUCUUUUGUCCUUUAUUUUCAACACUCAUUCGUGUUUAUGAGCUUUUAAAUCUUACCGAGGGGAGAAGAAUCAUGAAAUCUUGUUAAGUCAGUCUAAAAAUCUAAAUCUCAGUUUCUUGGUUUUGGGUUCUUAAAGAAAAAAACUUUACUUUUCUGAUCAUUUAAUGCUUGGACAAGGGUGGGGUUAAUGCACGAGCACCUGUUGCCUUUUUGUUUAUUACCUAACAGAAGUCACCACUAUUUUCUAUCUUUUGAUCAUGAAUCAUGCUCUUUCAUGGAGAAAGAGAAACCAAUGAUUUCAUAGGAUGGUUGUGGCUUUUGAUUGUAGCUUGUCUUGGGUUCUUUGAGGGAACCUGCAUAUAGUGUCAACCAGUAUGCUGGACAACAUUGUAUCCACAGGGACUUCUCUUGUUGGGUGAUCGCUAUUCAGCAAAUGACAAGAAGCAUGCUUGUGCAGAGUUCUUUAGGUCUUUUUUCUCCUUGCUUUCCUCGGAUGCUAUUUUGGUGUUCUAAAUACAGAAUGGUUGGACUUCAGUUACGUUGUCUUUGCAUCCUUCUCCCAUCUGUGCUUCUACUCGAAUAAUAGUGCACAAGAGCUUUGGAAGCUUAAGUUGAAUAUUACUUGACACCAGAAAUUAAAUACUUCAUAGAGAUUGCCAGCAAAAACAACAUAGAAUCAGCUACAGUAAGCAUGUUAGUGUUCUGUUGUUCGUGAUCCUUAGUGAGAAGAGUUCCCCAUAAGUGCAAAGAACGCUGUUUUGCAAGUGAAAGUGGCCUAACAUACAAGUGAAGUAUUCAGCUGAUUUUCAAGCUAUUUGUGCCUCUUGCCAUGUGAUUUGAUCGAUGCACAAUAUCAUGGAGAAUGGUUUGUUUGGUGUUCCAAUAGAUAUGGCAGGAAGGAAUUCUGUUGCUACAGAUCGAUCAUCACAGAGAACCCCGAACUCACUUGCCCAGUUUGAUUCAUUCAACCUUAACAACCAUAGUCAGACAGUGGUUGGAUUUACCAUGCUUCCGACAUUGCAAGGAGAACCUAUCAAUGAUCUCCAUUCAAACAUUCACUUGGCCAAUCGAUCUUCAGUUUUGAACUCAGAGGCAUUAGUUACAUCUCUUGGAAGGAAUGUAGUGGGAGAUACCUUACCUGGCUGUUCACGUUCUAUUAGUAACACUCCGUUCGAUGAGCAAUUUGGGGGUGGAACAACAAUUUCUAGUUCUUCACUUGCUACCCUUCUAGCCACAAGAAGUGGUCUUCAAGAAAAUCCGAACAACUUGGCAAUUUCAGGACCAUCAAGCUACCCUUUGGAAGUGUCAAGGUCAUUUGUUUCAAAUGAUUGCACCAAUGCUUUGAAUUCAUCAUUUGCGUCAUCUUUGAAUUAUGGAUGUGGUGAAGUAUUUGGUAGUACAAAUGGUAAGGAGGAUUUUGACAGGUUUCCUGCUCCUGUAGAGCCUGGUGGACGAGCAUCUGUAAGAGCAGGAUUUCAACCAUAUUCGUCCUCUGGAAGCCUGCAGCUGAAUAGCUGGGUAGAGCCAAAUGGUGUGAAUGUGAGUGCAGGUGACCCUUUUGCAUCUGGUAAACCUACUAACGAGCUCUCUUUAAGUCUUUCCACAUCCCAGCCUUCUGUCAUAGAUAGAAGUAUCCCAGAUCAAUGCUUGGAGAUAAGCUGUAAUCAUUUAACACGCCAUUGCUUGAAAGAAACAAGGUCAUGCUCUGAACAAACUUCUUCUAGCAGCAAGGAGCUUUCUUUGAGUUGUAAUUCUUAUAAAGCUGGUCAAUUUUCACAAGUAUUAGUAGGAUCCAGAUAUCUUCAUGUAAUACAGGAAAUACUUGCUAAAAUUGCAAGCUAUUCACUAGAGAAUGUGGACCAGAUAAGCUCUUCUACUGUUUGGUUCAAGACUGGAGCAAGUACACCAUUCUUUUCAAGUUACCCUACUGAAGGAGGUAUGGUGUCGAUGGGUUCUGAUGAAUCUCCUGGUGUGAAUGGUAGAUUUGAAGUUCAAAUGGAUCCAGCACUUCAGAAACGGGCGCUAGAAGCAAAGAGAACACAAUUGUUAACCCUACUACAAGUGGUUGAUGAACGAUAUAGCCAAUGCUUGGAUGAAAUACACACAGUUAUAUCAGCAUUCCAUGCUGCAACUGAGUUGGACCCACAGAUUCACACUCGUUUUGCUCUCCAAACAAUCUCUUUCUUGUGCAAACGCCUUAGGGAUAGGAUUGGCAACCAAAUCCUAGCAAUGGGAGCUCAGUUAGAUAGUGGAGACACCAUAGAGAUAGAAGGAUCGUUUGAAAGUUCGUACUUACAGAAGCGAUGGACUCUACAGCAGCUGAAGAAAAAAGAUCAUCCACUGUGGAGACCCCAGAGAGGAUUGCCAGAACGAUCUGUCUCAGUUCUGCGUGCAUGGAUGUUUCAGAACUUUCUUCACCCGUACCCUAAAGAUGCAGAAAAGCAUUUGCUAGCAGUAAAAAGUGGACUAACAAGAAGCCAGGUAUCCAAUUGGUUUAUAAAUGCUCGUGUUCGUCUAUGGAAACCGCUGAUAGAGGAAAUGUAUGCUGAGAUGAACAGAAGAAAGGUGCACCAAAUGGAGGAGGGAACCUACAGCAAUCACAAAGACCAGAGUAGCAUCAGCAAUCCAAGAUUUAAUGUGAAUUAGAGAGUCGGAAGUAAAAAUUAGACAUGGUAAUGGCAUAAGGAACCACUUGUUAAUUACAUUAUUUAAUAUAUGAAAAAAAGAAAGACAUCCACAGCUGGAUAUGAUAGUAUAUAAAUGUUCCACAAAGUUUUCGGGUUCACAAUUUAAUCAUGUAUUGUUAGUAUUAGUCCUCCAUUAGCCUGGAUAAUUAAGUGGAAUAAUUUUGUAUGCGUUGGACAUGCCAUGCCCAACCCUUUUAUUGCCGAACAGAUUAUAUGCAGUCUUCAUUUAACUUAUGCCCACAUGAU